AUGAAGUUCUAAACAUUCAUUUAAGAAAUUGCUCAAAUUCAAUUAGAAAAUCGAAAACUUAAACCAAAUUUCUUGCAAUCGAUUUAUGUUACUAAAAAUAUACCUCGAUAAAGUAUCAAGAACACUAAUUAUUAUUAAUUUUCAUUCAAUUCUAAUAAAAAAUAUCCAUAAUCAAGUUAUCAAAAGAGGAUUUAAUUGUUGGAAGAUUUAAGACAAGAACGGAGCUAAAAAUAAAGUAGUAACAAAACUGAAGUCAUCAAACUAUAAAACAACUAUCCUGAAUAUAUAGUAGUGAUAUUAAGAAUAUAUAGUUUAUUCUUAUUCGUCAACCUUCAUUAAAGAAUUGAUAUAUCAAUUUAAAAACAACUUUUAUAGAAUGAAAUUCUUUCAAAAAAAAAAAUAUUCUGA